CAAUUGAUUUCACUAAAAUUAGCUGCUCAACAAAAUGGCGGCCGUGUUGAUGCAGCAAGCUAUAAAUUUGAAACUAACAAAUAAAGAAAAUGCUACUGAAAUUUUAUCUACGAUCGGUAAAUGUUUAUUAAAAUUUGGGUUGUUUUUAAAGUUUAGUUUUAGAGCUAGUUUCAGAGAUAUCAUUAUUUAAGUUGAAAAUCUUAAUAAUUUUUUCACAUGUCGGAAAAAUAACUUCAAAAUCGCUUGGUCACCGGCUAAGCGAACUAUAAAAGUAAGUAAAAGGCAAAGUGAUAGUACAGUAACCAGGACUUAAAUAUUUGACACGGAGUGUAUAUAUUGUAAAAAAAAAAACAUGCAGCUUGAAGUGCUGAUUUCUGUAUUUACUUUAUUUUGAAAUCAUUUUUCAAGUUGAAAAAUAUGAUUAAAAUUAUAUUAACUUUUAAACUUUUAAAAAAUCCUAUGCCUAUACUAUACACUAUACUGAUAUACCUCCUAUUUUAAUCUCAAAUUAAAAUUUUUAAAAGUCAGUAAGAGUAGUUAAUUCUUUCUCUCCGGAAUUAUUUCCCGCAUUCUGACGGAAUUAUCUAUUUUGCGUUUUUGUAAGGCACUAUGUUGUCUUCAAUAUAACUUUUUUGUUUUUCAUCAGAAAGUGCUAAGUUGUAAGUUUGGUAUGGAAUUAAAGGAGAAUUAUGCCUUCACCGGCUAAAUUAUGCCCUUUACAAGCAAAUCAGACUUGGGUUUACAUUUUAAAAAUAAAUGUGAUUAUCAUUAAAGAAAAAUUAAAAACUUACCAACUGUUCACAAAACGCUCCUUCCAAGUCACACGAGGAGAAAGAUAUAAUCCAAAGUGUAACAAAAAUUUUAGUGAACUGUAUUUUUCUGAACUAUGUCCAUAUGUGCAUCACAAAUAAUAAAUAUCAACUUAAAAAACGUAAAAAAUUAAACCUCAGAGCACAUUAUCCAUUGUCACAGUCACACAAAAAAUUAUAUUUUCACUGUAUUCUUGUAUGUACUAACAAUUAUAAUGGCAAUGGUAAAUGGAACAUUUACCAUACAUUUGUCAUCUGUGUUUAGCUAUGGUAAGCCUAAAGACAAUUCAUAGUGAUGUGCAUUUUAUCUGGGGGCGGGGCUGGUUGUUCAUCAGCUGAUGAAUUACCAAUUUUCAUAAUUUUGUCUCUAGUACUACUAAUACUAGUACUAGGAUUAUAUUCAUACUAUUCAAAGGAAUCAGCUUCUGCUUUUUAAAAAAUAAAAUCACAGUCUGAAUCAUCAUCAGAAGAAUAUUUUCAACCUUUAUUAGAUCAAUCACCAGAUAUGGGUCAGGUCAAGAUUUCAUGUUUGUAAACAAAAAUAAAAUGGGCAAUCAAAACAACCGCUUGAAACACUUCGUUCUCUGCAAAACCUCUUUUAAACACCGAAAAUCCAGAUGUUAAACAAAGAGAAAUCAUUCUGGAAUUGAUUUAAAAUAACUAAAAACCAAUAGCUAAGAAAACAGCCGAAAUAAACAGGUUUUUAUACAUCGACGAUGCCAUCGUCGAUACGCGAAAAUCUUCAUUUCAAAUCGACAAUGGGAGCGUUGUUCCGGAGAGAAAGAGUUAAGGCAAUGAUCAACUCAUUUAGACACUGGCAGUAACUGGCCUUGUCAAUCUUAAAAUUAAUUUAAAAGGGGUUUAAGAUGAGUCUUUAAAAACAAUUUAAUUUAUCAAAAAUAACAAAUAAUUCAUGUGUGGGCGGGGGCUCUUUCAAUUUCAGACAACUAUUCUGUGUUUUGUCUUAGUAAACGAAAAGCACUCUGCUGAAACAUAAUAAAUGGCAAGGCACAGAAUAAAUCUGGUGCUCAAAAUGAUGUCUGUAUCUUGAAUGUAUGAAAGAUAUAAAAAGUAUUUUUGUUCACCAGUCAUUACAAUUUUUUGCCCCAGCACUUACAAAAUCAAAAUGAUCACUAUUUAAGCCAAUAUUAUCACACUAAGAAUAGGAAGGUUCAUUGAUAGCUGAUUUCUACGCUAGAGAAAUACUUAAUUCGUCUUGCGCUGAAAUUUUUAUAAUUGUCAUUGUAAAAUGUUAUCUUGGUUAAAAUAUGUAUUUAUUUAUGUGCUGAAAAGGAAUAUGUACAUUGUAAAAUAAAAAAAACAUUUCCAUUUCUUUGGAUCAAUAAAAAAAAUGUAUCUUAUCUUAGACCCUUAUCUGGUUCAGAAAUCUGAUUUCAAACUGUUAAUCAAUUUUAUUAGCCUUCAUGGUUGGAACUCAAAUUAGCCUAACCACUUUUCACGCUGUUUAAAAACACUUGCCGUUACAAACCUCGCUACUGGGUACCUGCUUUAGAUAUUUAACAGUGAAAGGUGUUGCUUUGUGUAGGCUAUUUCAAAUAAUGGGUGAACUUUUAAAUCUAUUCUAAGAUGGUUACUGUUUACAAACAUCAUAGUUCAUAUUAGACUUUGUACUUUAUUACUUCAUUUCUAGAUUAUGUACUUUCAUUAAUUUUUUUACAGAUUGCUAAAGACUAGGAUUUUUUUUUUUAAUUGUCAUCUGCCCCUCUCUCUUUUAUUAAUCAGUGGCUUAAUUUGAAUGUUAUUAUUAGCAAUGUUUUAUGCUUUUGUUUAGAGAUUUCAUGGGACUUGUAUUUAUAUUGCCAUUUAUUUUUUAUUUUGCACUGUGUUUUAAGAUUUCAAUUAGCAAUGUAUAUUGGUUACUUUUGCAUUUAUCUUAUUUAAAUGAAUCAGCAUAUUUACUAAAGAAGCUAAAUUCUUUUUUUACUUAUUUAACCCUCCUGUGUAUGCUGGGCCGAUCUAUCAGCCCAGAGUGUUAUGCUAAAAAAGACAAAAGGCAGAUCUAUCUGCCCCAUAAUAUAAGCCUCUAUACGGGCUGGCUGGUCGGUCUUCGUACCAUUGCUUCUUGCCUUUCUUGCUCAUAUCCCCAUUUUAAUGGUGACAUCCAUUUAUACUUUACGAUAUUUUGACAUGUUAGUCGGAUUGACUACAAACUCUCUGUUCUCUGCCACAACAUUUUCUUGAAUUCCUGCGCUUCCUAUCUUACCAAACUUCUUUCUGUCCAUUCACCCCUUCGACAGCUUUGCUUCUUCGCAGACGUGCGUAUUCUUUCUGUCCCCAAGACUCGCACAAAAACAUAUGGUAAAACGAUCUUUAUCUUUCUGUGCCCCUAAACAAUGAAAUUCUCUUCCAUUACACAUCCGCAAUAUACCGACCAUCACAACCUUCAAAACUGCUGUUAAAACACAUUUUUUAAACUCUACUAUCCUGACUGAUUCCCACUUCUGACCGAAAAACGAUGCAGCUGAGUGUCAUCCAUGGCUUGACAUGUAAAUAGUUUUAAAUAUACAUUUGUUUUGUUUUAUUUAAUUAAUGUAUGUUAAUUAAUUAAUAAAUUUUUUAAGUUCUUGCCUCUUGACUGGGGUACCACGCUAUAUAAAACCACUUAUAAUAAUAUCACUUCUUUGUACCUAUUGACACCUGAAAAUAAUUAAAAAUUGUGUGACCUUGAAAUAUGUCAAAAUCAAAAGCAGCCCCAUGGGAAUAUUUUUUGCAGUUUUCACAAUGAAUCUCAUUCAAAUAUGGGUUAGGACUUACUUAGGCUUCCACAAUAGUAAUAUUUAACAAAAUUCUGCAAGUAAGACAUGUUUAUUCUCAGUGUGAAAAAAUGUGAAUGCAUUAAUUAUGCAAAUCAGGAAAUCUCAUUUGCAUAAUUGUUAACAUUUACUUUUGAUUCAUAAAUAUCCUAUUAGUUCAUUCAAUUCUCUACAUGAAUAUAUAUAUAGUUUCAUAUUUGUAAAGUCAUUAGUUUAAUUUUUAUAAUUUUUUUUUUUUUAAGUAAUUGCAGGGCUUGUGAAAAGAGCUCAGUCUGCUUGGCGCAGACAGUCCCAAAAGGCUCAGUCUCUAAAAGGGUUAAUUUGCUAAGUGUGAAAAUAUUCUGUUGAUUUGCUCUAAUAAAUUAAAUACAUGUAUUUUGGAAACAGUGAAGCAAGACAUCCCACAGGCUGAUGAUGAAGCAAUUAAAGUCAAAGAGCAGGCUAUUCUUGAAAUGGGAAAACUUUAUGCUGAUCAAAAUAAAGCUACUGGUUUGUUUUUUUUUUAACUUAUUAUGCUCAGUAAACCAUAGCUGUUCUUUCAUUUAACUUAUUAAUGACUCUUUGAUAUUUUUUUUAAAAGACAUAUAAUAUAAAUUGGAAGAUUUACUUUCUUGACUCGUGAGAUGCCAAAGCUAUAUAUAAGAAAAAUAGAUACUAAGCCUCUCAGAUAUCUAUAAUUAAAGUUUUUCUUCAAGUAUUUAAAUUAUGUUAUCUGGUUUUUAUUUAAAUUUUUUUUAAACAUUUUUUUUAGAGUUGGCAAACCUGAUAAAAUGUGUACGUCCAUUCCUAAACCUUGUGAGCAAAGCCAAGGCAGCCAAGCUUGUCCGCUCUCUUGUUGAUCUCUUUCUUGAUAUGGAAGCAGCCACUGGAAGUGAGGUCAGUUUUCAAUAUUGAUUAAUGGAGCAAAGUUCUGGUUGGUUUAUUAUUAAAGUGUCAUUGAUCUAAUGAAAUUUUUAACUUUAGAAGUUCCGGAGUUUAGUUGAUGGAAUAUAUUGACAUUUUAAACGGAUGUGUUUAUCGAAUAAAAAGUUUUGUAUGUAUAUUUUGUUGGAAAGUAGAUCAUUAGAAUUUUUAAGCUUAAGAUAUAAUUUGUUAUGGUAAAUACAUAACAUCCAGAUUUUAGAAUUUGGGUUUUCUGUAUUUAGUUGUACAUUGUUAUAAAUUAGGCUUAAAUACAUUAUCAUGUAUUUCAGGUUGAAUUGUGCAAAGAAUGUAUACAGUGGGCAAAAGAUGAAAGACGAACUUUUCUGCGCCAGGCUUUAGAAGUUUGUGAUAAAUUUAUAGUACACUUUUAUAAAGUUUAAUUUUAUCGCAAUUAGUGUUUUUAUAUGCUUUUAUUUUUUUAAAGUUUCAAAAAGAGUUGUUUUUUUCUACAAGUAUUUACAUAAUUUAUCAAUGCAUGUCUUUAAGCACCAAAAGUUAAAUCACAAUUUUUUUCUUUAAAUUUAGGCACGUCUGAUAUCAUUGUAUUUUGAUACCAAAAGAUAUCCAGAAGCCCUACAACUAGGUUUGUUUCUCCUUAAAAGAUUUUUUAUUUAUGAUAAUGAACACCGGUGCCUAAGCAAACGAUUUUUGUAUUUAUUUGUAAACCAAAUGUAGUCUUUGAUUACUUUAUUAAAAUUAGUAUGCUUAAUAACUGCAUUUAUAAUAUGUAAUGUUGAUGCCAGGACUUGUAUACUGGUACAAGUUUAAAUAUAUGGAUAGUGAAAGGUAAAUAACGUUGUGAUGUUGACUAUACAAUAAUUUUUCAGGCUCAUUGUUACUGAGAGAACUUAAAAAGCUUGAUGAUAAGGCAUUGCUAGUGGAAGUCCAGCUUUUAGAGAGCAAAGUUUAUCAUGCACUUAGUAACCUACCAAAGGCCAGGUGAGGCUUGUUCAGCUUUUCCAAAACAUACAUUAAAUCUCACCAAAAUAUGAAAUAAUAAUUUUGGUUUACUUAUUUUUUUUCAAAGCAUUAUGGCCGUCGUACAGCUGGCCAUCAAGUAACUUGUUUGCAGCAAAACACACCCCCCCCCCCCCCCUCUCAAAAUUAGUACACUGUUGUGAUAACUGUCCAGGAAAGUUGGCAGGUUGUGAAAUUGUCUUGAUCACAGUAAGUGACAUUGUCUUAGCCACAGUAAGUGACAUUAUCUUGGCCACAGUAAUUGAAAUUGUCUUUGCCACAGUAAGUGAAAUUGUUAUGGCCACAUAUUAACUAUGUUUAUAUUAAAUAUAACAAAGGUUAAAAAUUCAUUUUUAUUUAAUGCCUGGUUUGAGUUUGGUUGUCAAAUAGACAAGCAAAUUUUAAAAAUCAAAUAAAUUAACUUAUAUUUAAUUAUUAAAAUACCUCCUGAAGUCACAAAACACAUCUGAUGCAAGCCUUUUUUUUUUUGUUUGUUUUUUUUGUCUUAGCUCUACAUCAUCAAUUUAACCAAAAUUUCCACACAUUUACAUGAAUGUUCAUCAUUUAGGUGGAAGGGGAUGAGGUGGACCUAUAUUCAGAGAUGCCAGCAAAACAUAUCUUCUAACACACAAACUCAAUCAGAAUUGCCCUAUAGACUGCCUGCUUACCCACAUGACUUCAUUUUUCUAAGAUUACUAACUUCUAAGGCUAGAGCCACUUUGUCAACAACCAUAAAUAACUUCUGUUGUUGUUUGGCCUUUUGCUUGUUUGUUUAAUUCAGUUUUUCUCCCUCCCAAUUCAAACAGCGUUGAAGGGUUGACAAUUCCAUUACAUUGGGGUGGUGUGCAUUUCUUCCAAUUUUUAUAGAUAAUUGAUAUUUAACUUGAGUUUUAAUCCUGAUGUUUCCUGUUUCUUCAGAGCUGCCUUAACCUCAGGUAGAACCACAGCCAAUGGCAUUUAUUGUCCACCUAAGCUUCAAGCUGCCUUGGACCAACAGUCGGGUAAGUAGUUUUGUUUGCUUUCACUGGUUUUAGAUGUUAGCAGCCUGUAUUAGUUUACUUUUUGAACUUGUCAUGCUACUGUUUCUUAACCCACGAACUGUGGUCUGCCUGUAUUGUGUCGGCCGAUAAAAAUUGCGUUGAAAGAACAACUUCCAGUUCAAUAUUUUACACAAAUUUAAACUACUUCCUUUUAAUAAUAAAUAAGCUUCAGUUUUUCGCUCUUCUGUGUCCUUUUUUUAAACUUCAGAGUUAUUUUUUACAAUUAUCUUUAUCAAGCAAAUUUGUGUAAGUAGAUUUUCGCGAGAUGGAUGAGGCCAUAGAUGGACCAUCUGGCUUACAAAAUAAAUCAGUUAAGAAUCUUUUUGAUAAUUCUUUUUAGUUAAUGACUUAGUGAUUCGGAAAAUGAUUUUCGGAUCACACAUGAAGACAAUAAUAAUUCUGAUUAUUUUUCUAGUGGGUCAGAAAGCGAAAGUUCGGAAGAUUUAGACCUAGGCCUAAAACGAGUAGGAAUUGCCCCAACAACAGGACUCGUUCAAAACUAUAUUGCAGAUGAUUGUGUACCAACAAAAAAUAAUUGGAUGUUCUUCUCUAUAGGUUUUCUUAUAAUUCAUUUUAUGGAUUAAAUAUUAAUGUAGCAUCUUUUUAAAUUUUAUCUGUUUCUUGCUAUUUAGUAAUGUUUAUUUUGUUUAUGUCGUGCUUGAUUACUUGAACGUAACUAUAGGUAUCAGAAGAAUUUUUUUUUUAAAUCUAUUAAUUAGUAAAACAUAUACAAAUAAUAAUUUUCUGAAAGAUAAAUAAAAAUGCUAUCAUAUUAUAUAAACAUUAUAAUAAUAUGCUUUUUAAAAAUUGUAGUUUGAGAUACUUGAAACUACAACUUUUCAUUAUUUUCUUUAUUCUUGGCCACACCAAGGUCAAGGUAACGUUCACAGAGUAUAAAAUAGCAUUAAAAAAAUUGCCAAUAUGAUUUCACACUCAAUUUAAUUUCAAUAAAUAUAUACUUUUAUUGCAUGUGAAAAAUCACCUUUUUCCAAGGCACUCAAACAGCUCUCAAUUGCCUAUAAAAAGUACAGAAUAGUAACCAGCACCGUUCGUGGGUUAACAAUGGUUUACUUGCAACAUUUCCAUUUCAUUGGAACAAUACUUACUAGUUUGUCAUUUACAUAUUUAAUAUAUAGCAGCAAGCCAUCGAUUUUCAAAUAAAAAUGCCAGUCUUAAGGCAAUAAUAAUAAUAAUUUUCAAUAAAUAGUAGUACCUGGUAAAAUAUAUUUUUCAUAAUACCUUUUUUUCCUCUGAACUCUUUAGGGAUUCUGCAUGCAGCAGAUGAGAGAGAUUUCAAAACAGCUUACUCUUAUUUCUAUGAAGCAUUUGAAGGCUAUGAUUCUAUAGAUAGUCCUAAGGCUGUUACUUCCCUCAAGUAUAUGUUGCUGUGUAAAAUUAUGCUUAACACGUAAGAAAUUUUCAUAACAUGCAUGUUUGCUGACUAUUUAAAUGGUUUUUUCUUGUGUUUUUCUUAAAGAAAAUUUAUUUUGAUUUGUUUUGAACUCUGAUAAUGAUUCGACAUUUAAUCUCCAACUCUUUCCAAUUAGUUUUUAUUAAUAAGAAAUGUUGAGGCAUUUUUAUAAGGGUUUGCAUUGGAAAUCAAGAAUCACCUUGUGUAUUUUACAGUUUAAAAAUGUUACUUUUAAAUUUGCUCUAUCUUUUAAGUGCUGAUGAAGUGCAGGCUAUUGUCAGUGGCAAACUGGCCCUUAAAUACAGUGGACCAGAUGUGGAUGCAAUGAAGAGCAUUGCGCAAGCCAGUCAUAAAAGAUCUUUGGCAGAUUUUCAGAAAGUAGGUUUCACUAUUUGGAAUUUGAAUGAGGUUAUUUUCAGAUGAUGUGAUUAAAAAAAUGGUACAUAUUGUUCACCAACUACUUGUAUUAAUGAUGUUUGAUCAUGUUAAUUGUGUAAUCAAUUGAAUAAUUGUAGUCUAUAUAUAGUCAGUUAAAAUGUAUUUGCAUUUUUUUUUUCAAUAAAUACUAAACUGCUUUAAAUCUUAGACUCUAACAACCUACAAAGCCCAACUUGAAGAUGAUCCUAUUGUUCAAGCUCAUCUCAAGACAUUAUAUGACAACCUACUUGAGCAGAAUUUGUGUCGUAUCAUAGAACCUUUCUCCAAAGUGCAAGUACUGCAUGUUGCAAAUCUUAUCAAGUUACCGCUGGUAAGACGAUCAUUUAAAAUAUUUGAAAUAUCUUAUGACAGUAUUUUUUAAUGCUUGUUCCAUAAUGAUUAUAGAUCUAUAGAAAAUGUGUAUAUUUGUAUAACUUUGCUGAUCCAUCCGGCAUCUUCUUAUUCUGACAAAUCUUUUAUAAUUUUCAGGUGACUGUAGAAAAGAAGUUAUCUCAGAUGAUCCUGGAUAAAAAGUUUCAUGGUAAGCAGUGUCAAUAGAAUAUUUUUUUUGCGUUAUAUUUUAUUUAAAAGAAUCACCCAUCUUCCCAAGGAGGUCAUGACCUACUGGCACAGGCAAAUUAAACUGUUAUCAUGUUCUCUAUAGCCAGUAGUGGUGGAAUCUGCUGCUUUUGAUAACUGAAAAUAUUGAAGGAAUUGUUUCUUCCUUAUUUCAUUUAUUAACCUAUUCAGCGACCAAAUUCCGCCAGUACUCACUCAAUCCCACUACAGCCAAAUCCAGCCACUCAACCCUUUGUUUACACGUUGCUAAAUAGAAAGUGGAAAUCUUGCUAUUUAAAUGAAAAUCUCGCUAGAAAUGAGACCAAGGAAGAUUAUUCUCUUUUUUAAAAUAUUUUUAUUUAUUGGGUGAGGAGUAUUUUAAAAGCAGAUUUUUUUAUUUUAGUGUUAUGAUCAUUAGUAUUCAAAUGCUUCAUCAAAAAUUGAUUUUAAUGAAUUUACACAAGAAAAGCAUUAGGAAAUAAUGUUACACAACAUAUAAAACAACCAUUUAUGAAUGCAAAUCAAUUUAUUUCAUAUAAUUAUACUGUUAAAUAGAUUUGUUUUUACAAAUUUUCAAAACCUUUUAACGAUAAGGUUGGAGUUGCUCCCCUUUGGCUGAGGUUUCCAAUGAUACAAUUUCUUAGAGCGUUGGAUUGAAUGGGAAAUGGAAAUAUAUUAAAGUAGUUUAUCUAAUACACCAGUUAUCAACAUUUUUUUCAUUCAUUGACACCAAAGCUAUCAACAUUUUUAGGUUUGGGUGUAAUUUAGUCUAAUAAAAUUAAUAUGGUACUAUGAAAGGAUAGAAUUUAAUUAUUGAAGUUGUCAGUUGAUCCAUCCUCUUAUAAAGCUCAAUAUGACUCUGUUUGCAUGUACUUUAGUUUGCUACUUUUAUAAUAAGAAAACCAAACAAUGGAUCGCAACCAUAUUUGACCUGGUCAUAACUCCUGGCCUAUACAUGGUUCCAGGAAAAUUUGGUCAAAACCUCUUUAUUCAAAAAGCAGUAAUUAAAAUAUAGUAGAAUUAAAAGAUUACAGGUCAGUUAGCAAAAAAUAUCAAAUGGCUUGAAAAUGCUGGGCUAUAAAAAUCUGGGACGUUCAAGAAAAGUUAUUUUUUGGUGUACACAUUUUUAGUAAUCUUUAUUCAGAACACUGGCUUUCAUGUUUAUUAAUAGGUAGUUUUUGGUACACAUUUAUAGCUACAUUUUUAAAAAUAAUUAUUAAAGAUAUUUGUUUAGGGGGAAAUAUGUAAUCAUAUGCUUUAAAUAUACAAAGCAUUGCAUUGUACCAUUUUAAGAAGCUACAGUUUAUUAAGUGUUAUAAGGGAGGUUGAACAUUACAUAAGAAUUAUCACAUACUUCAGGGGCAUUUGUAAAGGGUGCAUUCUUGUACCUUAUUACACUUCAUUAUCCAGAAGGAAAUACUAACUGCAUACUUGACUUGAAUUUUUCAUUAAAAAUUUUUUUUAAAAAUGGAGGGAAAAUUUUUUUUUCUUUUAUGAGAUAUAUAAAUAAAAUUAUUUUGAAAGGAUGUAGACCAAACGGAGGAUUUUAUACUCAUAAUAUUUACCAUAGUUGGGCCAGGAGCCCUUAUUACAUUUACCUCAAAUAAUCCUAAUAAAUAAACAGUAGGCUUAGAUAACAAUUUAGGGCUCUCAGUGAAUUGAUGGAUGGCCAGCCGAACUUGGUAGGCAUAUACUUUAUAUUCUAUAUUAAAAUAGUGUUGAAUUCUAAACUAAUAAUAUUCACUCUGGGGCCUCAAAUGUAACAUUUUAAAUGCUUAUAUCCCUUUUUGUUUUUCUACUGGUUGUAAUGGGACUGCUUCUACAUUUUAACUUGACUUUUCAUGUAAUGAAUUUUUAUAUUGGGCCUCAGUCAUAGUGAUAAUUAAAAUGCCACCUUAUAGAACCUUAUUUCGCUUGAGAUGUUUUAGUAUUGAAAUAAUGCUUACACAGAAGAGUCUUUUGUUUACAAUUUAUUAGAAGAUUUUUAAAAUGGUUCUCGAAUUUUCCUGAAAGUCAUACAAUGUUCCCAACAUACAUAUAAAGAUUAUGAAAAUGUCAAUGGUAUUAAAAAGAUUUACAACAUUUAUGUUUGGUUUGAUAGAUUUCUAUACUUUCCUGGAAAUUACCUGAAUGUAUCUGUCAUAAGUUUGCUGAAGGUCUACCUUAUCCUAAAUAAAUGUUUCCAUAACUCUCCUUGAUGUUACCCAAAUGUACCCCUAAUGAAAUCAAAAUUAAAUUUAAUAUUUUUUAUUCAGUUCCAAAUAUGCGUAGGUGGUUUCAGAAUUUGUUCUCCUUAUGGUAGCAAAAGAUCUACAUGAAGGCUGAGGUUACAAUUCAAACUAUGACUUAAAAUUGUUCGAUCUAGGUCAAACUUGGUAAACAUACCUUUCAUGGCCCCUUUAGAAAUAUGGGAGGAUUAUUAACUAAUAAUAAACUGAUGUUUUGCAACAAUUUUAAUGGGAAAACUUUUCAGACAAAGUUUGUUCAUUAUCCAACCGUAAAUACUCACUGCUUUAAAAUAUUAAAGAUUAUGUCCUUUUGGUGCCAGGCUCCAAAAUGGUACAAAUUUAAAAGGCAACCUCUUUGCCAAGUCCUGUCUGAUUUUAAUGAGCUAAAUUUGAACAUUUCACUUGCAUAUUUUACCACUGUCUUAAGGAAAAGUAAAUUUGCCCCUUUUGAAAUAGGCUAGCAGAGCCUAUUUUAUUUUAUUUGAUAAAGAGCCAUUUUGUCAUUAGUUAAUACCUCUUUUAAAAAGACAUUUUUAAAAUUAGGAUUGGUCUUUAAAUCAUGUUGUUUUUUUUUUACUUAUCCCAGCUUAAAUAUUAACUGAAACGGGCAGGGCUCCAAAUUCAUUGUUUACACAAGUUUUUAUAAAUGUGGAUCUUUUUAUAAGAAAGAUUGUAAAAUUUUGUUUGUUAUUUUAGCACAGUGUUUUUGACAGGAACCUAAAUUUUUGUAAUCUGGUAAAAUUUUAGAAGAUUUUUGCGAAAGCAAACGCAAGCAAAGCUGGGUAUAUUGGGUAAGGAUUUAUAAAAUUGUAACUAAAAUAAUUGCACUGUGUGCAUUUCCUUUGCCAGGUAUCUUGGACCAAGGUGCUGGAGUUCUCAUUGUUUUUGAGGAGGCUCAUUCUGAUAAGACUUACACCAAUGCUCUAGAAACAAUACACAACAUGGGCAAGGUGGUAGAUGCCCUCUACCACAAGGCCAAGAAAUUGACGUAGUACAUACUGUCAUAAAAUGCACAGCUGAGACUGAAAUAAAGGACCUUACAUUAGUUCAAGCUACCAUGAAAUGUGUAGUAGGCAGAUUGCACAAUUUAUAUUAAUUAAAAUUAUUUGUUUUAUAAAAUCUGAGGAAGUAUUUGGCAGUGUUUUCCUUCUUUUUCCAUAUGCACAUUGAGAUGAUUUUGUAUGUGUUUAAUUUACUUUGCUAUAGCGUAAGGUCUUGUGUUUGAGUCUCAGAGUCUGUCAGCUCCUGUAUAUAAUGAACUGUUUAUCUGUGACAUUGUCUUAUUAUCUGUAUGACAUUGAGUUGUCCUUUUUUUUUUUUUAAAGACUCCUUUGAGGUAAUAAAUUGAGCUUUAUAAUGAUGCAGCCAAGAUGUUUAACUCCAUGAUUUUUAUCAAACUCAAACAUUUGAGGACAAAGUACAGGGUUGUGGUACUUUUUGGAAUCAGAACUCUCAUGUCAAAUCUUUGAAAUAAAAUUAUCUAAGUAAUUGGAAGACGCCACCAGAAAUCACAAUCUCAUUUCAUUCAUAUUGACAUAGACGGCCACCACAGAUAACCCAACCUCAUUUCAGUGAUAGUGAUAUAGACGGCUUUCUCUAUGUAGUUGAUUAUGAGGCUUUUAGGUUUGUUGACAAAAUGAACCAGUCAGUUGACUAAAUAAGCAUGCAUGAAUGCAAUGACAUGCCUGUGUUAAGUGAAUUAAAUACCUUGCUACUCAAGUCUCUUCUUGUUACUUGUGUCCUAAGCAGAUUAUUGAAUGACAACUACCUUUAUUUUAUCAUGUACAAUUGGUAAACACAGAUAGAAUAAAUACCAUCCCAGGAUACUAUCA